AUGAUAUUUCAUUCACUUUCAAUUCACCACAAAGUCCAAACCAUUAUUUUAUUAAUCUUUUUAUACUCUGUCGAUUUAUAUCUAUGUGAGUGUCCAAAUGGAUACACCCAAACCAGCCAAGGUUGUAUAUUGGGUGGAAAUGAAAGUGCUGUUCUCUCUAUUUAUCGAAUUGCAAAUACAUCAACAGAUAAUAUUUGUUUAAAUUCAGAUUAUACAUUAUCAAGUUAUUGGGUAUUAAAUAAUUUUGGAAGAAAAUUGAAAUAUAUGGGAUGUAAGAAUACAAAUGAUGAUACUUAUUAUGGUUUAUUACAAACCUAUCAAAGUAACCAUGAUGUGUGUAACGGUGCGGGUGAAGAGAUUGUAAAGUCGCAAGACUAUGAUUUUACGAGUGCUCCUCUAUGGCAAUACCGGUAUUUGGUGGUCGAGACAUGUGCCAAUUCCAAUGGAAUGUCUUAUUUUACACCUUCAACAACCCCAUCAAUGCCUAGUAGCAAUUGUGCUCAGCAAAUGUCAACUUUUGUGUAUGAUGUGGGACUACAGUAUCCUUGUACAUCGGUCUGCAAGAAUGGAGGACAGUGUAGUGUACAAACUGGUGUGUGUGGAUGUACAGCCCAAUGGAAGGGUCCUGAUUGCACUGAAGAUGUUGAUGAAUGUCAGACCGUCAAACCGUGCAAAGGUAUUUCUAGUUGUCUCAAUACACCUGGUGGAUACACAUGUCUGUGUCCCAAUGGAUGGACACUCUCUUCCAACAACAACAGUUGUGUUGAUAUCAAUGAAUGUACUGAAUCGUCGCCAUGUCACGGAUCAUCACAGUGUGUCAAUACGGAUGGGUCAUAUACUUGUUCAUGUCCAAAAGGGUUCAGAUAUACCAAUGGUGAUUGCGCUGAUAUCAACGAGUGUACAGAUACUACUACACCGGCUCAAUGUGACACUUUAUCCACCAAAUGUAUCAAUACUAAUGGAGACUACCAAUGUGAUUGCAAGCCAGGAUUCAUACGUGGUACUAGUGCGUCGCCAUACCAAUGUCUCAUGAUACCUAGUGUCACUGCAUUCUACCAAGUAUCAAAGACACAAUACAACAUUCAUUUUAGUAGUAAUACAUCGGCAUCAACCAUUUCAAUCAAGGUUGGAUCGGUUGCCUGUGACAAUCCAACCAACAUUAAUGCUACCACUCUAAGAUGUACUGCUAAAAGUGGACAAGAAGUGAUUGGAUUGGUUUCAUUCAAGAUUCCAGAGAUUAAUGACUCCUAUAUAGUGUCUGUGUUUGACUAUUCAGGAUCACCAUUUAUAGUAUCAGUGUCUACGUUUGAUAACUAUCUCACACCACUUACCAUUGUAGGAAGACAUUUUCCACAACCUCUCAUUGUUAGAAUUGGAACAGAGACCUGUGAUGUUGGAUCAUCAAAUGAAACUAUCAUAGUUUGUACACCAAGUCGUGGAACAGGUAAUAGAUAUCUUACUAUCCGUAAUGAAUCUAUUGAAAAUACAGACAAUUAUCAAAUCACAUUUCCAACUCCACGUAUCGACAAAAACACAACCUAUGACACCAAAUCAAAGAAUGCAAAGGUUCAUGGAUCAAACUUUGGUAUUGACCCAACUGUCAUCCAAGUAAAGAUGGGAUCCUAUCAAUGUCAAAAUGUUAGUAUUCUAGAUGCUUUGGGAUCGAUUGUCGAGUGUCAAGUAAUUGCUCAACUCGAACCAAUCACAUACAAUCUACAGGUAUUUGUAGAUGAUGGAUCGGACAAUAUUUUACAAGGAGUUGAAUGUCCAGUUAAUUGUAGUGGUCAUGGAACAUGUAGUCCUCAAUUUGGUUGUCAAUGUAAUGAUGGUUUUACUGGUUAUUCAUGUGAUCAAGUUUUAAUAGAUUCAAUGCCAAUGGUAGUAGAAAAUAAUAAUAAUAAUAAUAAUAAUAAUAAUAAUAAUAAUAAUAAUAAUAAUAAUAAGACAAUAUCAUCAAUUCAAUUGGGUGAUAUUGAUAAUUCAUAUAUUAUUUCAAUUUAUUCGGUUGAAGAGUUUUUAGAUACAUUGGUACCUGCAACUGGAAACAAUAGUCAUACAGUCAAACAUUAUAAUUUAACAAAUGUAGAAUGGAAUCUUGUUAAACAAGAAUCUUUACAUUCAACCUAUUGGAAAUUUUCAAUUACCCUCGAUAAUAAUGCAACCAUUGAUGCAACAUUUGAAUACAUUCGUGUAGAAAAUGGAUCAGAUUUUACAUUUGCCAAUCAUACCUUUCAUCUCAACCAACAUACUCUUAAAGUAUCAAUCAAUGUUAGUCAAUGGCAGUUUGCAAGUCCAUCAAACUCGUUAAAAGUUCUGAUCAAAUCAGAGACAAUGGGUAAAAAUGAUUGUGGACAAUUAAACAAAAGAGUUGAUAAUUCAUCAAGCGGUUAUCUUAAUCUUGAAAUUCAAAAUACCAAUACUGGAAUCGAUGGUAGAUUCUUGAAAAUAGCAGAAGCUGAUGGUACUCCAAUUGUUGGAAAGGUACAAGAAGAAAUGAUGGAUCAACCAGAUUCUGAUCAAGAUUCAACUGUUGUCAUUGGUAUUAUAGUACCAGCAUUCCAAUACUAUGCAUACCUAGAUCCACACUAUUCAGUUUAUCUCCGUGUCGAUGCAGAUGCCGGUAAAUUUUCAUGUUCCGGAAAACAAACAGAUUGGAGAUUGAUGGUUGGUUUUGUACUUGGUACUCUUGCAGCAGUUGUCUUGAUUGUAUCGGUUGCACCUGCCAUUCAAAAGUGGAGACAAAGAAAAGAAUUUGACAAACAAGAAAAAGAAGAUGAAAUUGCUCUUGCCAAUGCAGCUGCUCAAGCCGCCGCCUUUGAACAAAUGAUGGAACAACAAGUUGUUGAUUUUGAAUACACAAGAGAAAGAAGAGCUACUCUCUAG